AUGAAUUUAAUUGCACUUAUAUUUGCGAUACAGGUUUCUGCCGGAGACAAUCCAAAAUGGCGAUCCCUUACUGCCGAGGAAAAAAAUGAGCGGAAAAUCAUCUGCGAUGCGAAGACUGAAGAGACAAGAGCCUUUUUCGUCAUCAAGAAUGGAUCUUGGGAUUGCCCAAAUCUAGCGCCGAAUCGGGUCCGUCCCAAAAUCCGUUGUACUCCACUGUGCGAUGUUGGCUACGAGCUUACCCGGACUGAUGUUUCGAUUUCGAAAUCGACAAAGAAUACACCACGAUUCGUUACUCGAUGUAAUGACCUGGCUACUAUUAUCAACAGAAAUCUUUUGUUGGGAUCGACUUUGACUUGUUCACCAACAACUGCACUUUCAUCAACAACAACAACAACUACAACGACAACAACUACAGCGACAACAACGACAACGACAACAACUUCAACAAGUACAACUACAACAACACCAGCAACAGCAACAAUAAAAACAACAACAACAACCACAACAACUACAACAACUACAACAACAACAACUACAACAACAACGACAACAAGAACUUCAACUACAAAAACAACCUCAACAACAACAACAAGACCUACAACUACAACAACAACAACGACAACUAUGGCGCCUUGUGGCUACGAUCCUUGCGAUAGACUUGAUAACUGCAUCGUAAUCGUUGACGCUUGUGGUAUCUCUCCAUCGAGAAACAAUAAAAUAACAACCGCACCUGCUUCGUUGAACUACAAAAUCUCCGCUGACUUGUACUGCGCUCCAUUUCUGCUCUAUGACAGUUGGAGAAAUGUGCUUCAUGUGACUGAUGGGAGCAAGAUAAACACGCUUGGAAGUCAAACUUUCGCAAUAUUUCAAUCUCCAAACCAGAACAUAAUGAAUAUCCAUACGAGUAAUCCAGAAGGAGAUCAUUCUUUUAAAGACUGCACCAUCCAUAAAUGGUACACAUUUUCCGUCGAGGUUCGACAAGAUGCCAACUUGUCAAAAUUGAACUUCGAAAUACAAAUUGAUGGGAUUACGAUCAAGACAGGCAGCUAUCCUGCAAGCGGCGGCAAAAGCUCUGGUGAUCUUCAAUUCUUCGUAGCUAAUGAUUGGCUGGAUCCAGCGACUCCUUAUACAGUGAAGAAUUUCUUCUAUCAAACGUUUGCCGAAAUUUAA